UUAUUUUGACAUAAGACAUUGUGUCAAAGAGAAUUUUUAUUAUAAUUAUUGUGUUUUUGCGGCCCUCUCAGGUAUUUACGGUGAAUCAUUGUUGUUUUGAUUACACCAUUGAUGAAAUGCGCACAGAUUUAUCCGUUAAGCUACAAAGGAUUAUAUAAAAGUGUGUAUUUUGCUAAAUCGUUGUAUUACAACUUGGGUUUCGUACAAGUGGUGUAAUUUUUCAGUAUCAAAUAUUCGCCGGUUCAUCAUGAGUUCCGAAUCUUCUGAAGGCAGCGAUAGUUGUUGGAGAGGUGUUCCUAUUACUGAGAUAUACGGUUCGGGUUCUCCGUGGGGUUCUCCGGAGUUCCCUUUGGUUGUGCCGUCUCGUAAUCAUGCGGUGUUGUACCAUGUGCGUGGUGACGGCAGCGCUGACACGCCUCCGAAGCCCCAGAUUGGGCAGGACAAAUGGGACCAGGAUCAUGUUAGGCUCCCCUGUUCGCCUGAGAGCUUGUACCCUGUUGAAAACAGCAAUGGAGAGACGCGUUUGAAAAAGAGAUGGAAAAUGAUCGAGCAUGCUCUUCAACAUCCAAUAACUAACAGCAAAGAGUUAGCGGAGGCCAUAAUUAGUUAUAACACAAAAUUUAAGAAAAUAUGGAAGUUUAAAGCACUGCAUAAAUUUUUUAAUGAGUAUUUAGAAGAAGAAGAAUCGCAAUAUUUCUUUGAUGUGACAUUACCUGAAAUAGCAAAGUUGGCAUUAUCUUUGCCCAAGCUUGUGCAAUCACCCAUACCGCUUCUGAAACAAAACAUGAACAUAUCAAUAUCAUUGUCGCAGCAGCAGAUCUCAUGUCUAUUGGCUAACGCAUUCUUCUGCACGUAUCCGAGGCGGAACACGAGAAAAAGAAACACAGAGUACAGUUCAUAUCCACACAUAAAUUUUUCAUCUUUGUACGAGUGCCGUGGUUCGUCGUCAGUUAUGGAAAAGUUAAAGUGCCUUUGCCAUUACUUCAAAAGAGUGUGCACUAAAGUCCCGGUCGGCGUGGUGACGGUGUGGCGCCGCAGCGCGGGAGACGCGGUGCCCGCGUGGGACACGCAGGACGCGUCGCUGGCGGCCCUGCCGCUGCACGUCGACUCCGAAACUACUAUAGAGAACGCGCACGGGCUGAUACAAGUUGAUUUUGCGAAUAGAUACCUCGGUGGUGGAGUUUUGACGUACGGCUGCGUUCAGGAAGAGAUCAGAUUCGUCAUAUGUCCAGAGCUGAUUGUCACCAUGUUGUUCACUGAGAUGAUGAAGCCUGAUGAAGCGGUCUUGAUUUUAGGUUGCGAGCGGUACAGCGAGUACAGCGGCUACAGCAACUCGUUCAGCUGGACGGGCGCGCACGGUGACGUCACGCCGCGCGACUCGGCGGGGCGGCGCCGCUGUGCCGUGCUCGCCGUCGACGCCAAGCCCUACGCCGCCGACGCCUACCAGUACCAGAGGGACAUGGUCGACAGAGAGCUCACCAAGGCAUGGGUGGGUUUCUCAUUCCACACCGAAGGUCAAUGCGAAGGUCUCCGGUACCCAGGAAUAGGCACAGGGAACUGGGGCUGCGGCGCGUAUCGAGGCUCGCCGAGACUCAAGUCGCUGUUACAAGCCAUGGUGUGUGCCUCCCUCAGGAGACCCAUGGCCUACUACACCUUCGGAGAUCCGGAGCUGAGAGACGAGAUCAUUGAGAUGUACAACACAUUAUCCAGAUACAACGUCACUGUUGGUCAGCUGUACAAGUAUCUAAUACAGUACUCGGAGACAGACAUGAAGAGGACCAGUCUUUACUCGUACCUCAACCAGGUGGUCAGUCAGCCCUCUGAGAAUAACGAUCAAGAAUUUAUGGACAUUAGUUCGACAUCAGAAACAUCUCAGUUGGAGUUGUCCGGUUCUUUACAAAAGGAAUUUCUCAAAGAUUUCGGAUCGCCUGAUAUGUUUUCGCAGGAAAGUGAACCAUUGGUCGAAAUUGUAGUCGAUACUAAUGAUAAUAAGAAGGCUAGUGAACAACAGUCAAAAAGGUUGCAUGGCGAUAAUAGUUUGCGCGUGGAUGUUUCACCACCCCUCCAACAUGAGGAAAAUAAGUCCCUCAUUCAACCGUCAAGAUUGCUCGAUGAAAUGCAGAAGCUUGACGACAGUUUGCAGCUACAUUCAUCUCCGUCCGGACAAAGGAGUGGUAUAAGGCAUGAUGCCGACACCUCAAUAAGGAACAAAUCGCAGUUGGACGCGACUGCAGAAAUGAAGAAGAAAGUGAACAAAAGAAUAACAGAUUAUUUUAGCAAGAAAACCUAGAGUUUUGUUUGUUGUUGAAUAAAUGUUUACAUAGUUA